AUGUCUGCGUGGCAUCCGCAAUGGAUUGGACUGCCUCUUGGACCGUCAAGUCACUCUGAUCCAUCGGUGCUCAAACGACAUAGGAUUUAUAAGAUGGACCGUUUGAUGGAGAGGGGAUUCCCUUUCUCAAGGAGGCUUCGAGGGCAUGCUUCAUGCGUCAACUCCCUUGCAUUCUCUAAUGGGGAUGGCAGGUGGCUUGCUAGCGGUGGCGAUGAUCCUCACAUCCUGCUCUGGGAUUUCCACCAGGACGACCUGCAUACCCCAUCACGGAUGUUUCAUGGCCACACAGCGAAUGUGUUUGCUGUCGCUUUCUCUGCGACGAACCAGCACCUAUAUACGGGGGAUACAGAUAAUGCCAUUAUCCGGUAUGACUUGGGCAUCGAAUCAGCACCUCCUGGACCACAAAAGUCGCAUGCUCCAGACGCCGUAUUCAGGCAGCAUGAGGACAGCAUCCGUGCGAUCUCCUGUCAUCCUGAACAAGAUGACAUCUUCAUGAGCGCCGGGGAAGAUGGCCGCAUCAUCAUGCACGACGCUAGGGCCGACAGCCGCCUCACGAGAGCGCAAGGUACACUGCAGCACGAUGCAGAGUUCACUGGGCUCCAGUUCCACCCGACUAUGCACAACAUCUUUGUGACAAGCGACAGUCGGGGACAAGUCUGUCUACGGGACACGCGCAUUGCAUUUGGUCCCCUGUGCCGGAGAAGGCAGAAUGGCAUCGUUCAAACCUAUGUGACGACCAUUACGAAACCGUCAUUUCCAUGGCUUUGUAAUCCAGAAGUGAGCAGCGUAACAUUCGACAGCACAGGAACCAAGCUGGCAGCUACCAUGAUGCACUACCUACCGACAAUCUACUCCGUGACUGAUCCGUACCCUAUCGCUGUCUGCAGUGGAGAAGCUCUUUCUACCGGGCCGCUUGAACACUCAGCAGAACGGACAUAUUCGAAUGGAUGCACGAUUAAGCAUGGAUCAUUCGGCGGCCCUGGAAUGGGCAAUGAUCAUCUCUACUGUGCAGGCUCCGAUGACUUCCGAGCUUACGUGUGGAGGAUUCCCGAUCCAAUGGCUCUCGUCGACCGGAGAGAAAGUCAUGAUGCGAGUAUCUGGACAAAUUCCGGAAACUCGGAGACUGUUGGAUAUAGAGCCCCUAAAUCUGGAACUUGCUACGUUCCCUAUCAACUGAAUGCACCGCUUUGCAGGAUCACAGGUCAUCAAUCUAUCGUCAACACUGCCCUGAUGCACCCGCACUAUCCAUACAUUAUUACGUCCGGCAUCGAGCGCGACAUCAUACUGCACAGCUCGACGCCUACCUCACCAUCUGCAGUCAAUUUGCCCCUUACGCCAACUGAGGUGCGCUCGCUACCUCCCAGUACCGUUGAGAGGCGCAGGCUUGUCCUACAUGCUAUGGGAUUGAUUGGUGGCCAAUCAAAUGAUACGGACGAUAAUGACGACAGCAGGGCCAUUGCCCUAUUCGACGAGAUCUUGCGCCAAGAAGGCAGCGCAGAUGUCUUCACUAUACGGCGCUGCAACGAGACGUUGGAGGAAGAGCAUGACAGUGAUGAUGCAUCUGAAGAAACGACUGUAGUUUAG